CGCGUGCACCUUCCCCCCUCCCGGCAGCGGCGGCGGAGCCGGGCGCGGCUGGCGGCAGCCCGAGGCGCGGCCGGGCGGGAUCAUGGCGGACGGCGUGGACCACAUCGACAUCUACGCCGACGUGGGCGAGGAGUUCAACCAGGAAGCUGAAUAUGGUGGACAUGAUCAGAUUGAUCUGUACGAUGAUGUAAUCUCUCCGUCUGCGAAUAAUGGAGAUGCCCCAGAAGAUCGUGACUAUAUGGAUUCUCUCCCACCUUCAGUUGGAGACGAUGUAGGUAAAGGAGCUGCACCAAAUGUUGUCUACACAUAUACUGGAAAGAGAAUUGCCUUGUACAUUGGAAACCUUACUUGGUGGACAACAGAUGAAGACUUAACUGAAGCGGUUCAUUCAUUGGGGGUAAAUGAUAUUUUGGAGAUAAAGUUUUUUGAAAACCGUGCUAAUGGCCAAUCUAAAGGGUUUGCCCUUGUGGGUGUGGGAUCAGAAGCAUCCUCCAAAAAGUUGAUGGAUUUGUUGCCUAAAAGAGAAUUGCAUGGGCAGAAUCCUGUUGUGACUCCAUGCAAUAAACAAUUUCUGAGUCAGUUUGAAAUGCAGUCAAGGAAAACUACACAGUCUGGCCAGAUGUCUGGGGAAGGUAAAGCUGGUCCACCAGGAGGAAGCUCAAGAGCAGCAUUUCCACCUAGUAAUAGAGGGCGAGGCCGUUUCCCCGGUGCUAUUCCAGGUGGAGACAGAUUCCCUGGACCAGCAGGGCCAGGAGGGCCACCGCCACCAUUCCCAGCUGGACAAACUCCCCCACGUCCACCUUUAGGCCCUCCCGGUCCUCCGGGCCCACCAGGCCCCCCACCUCCUGGUCAGGUCCUCCCACCUCCUUUAGCUGGACCUCCUAAUCGUGGUGACCGUCCACCACCACCAGUUCUGUUUCCAGGACAGCCUUUUGGUCAGCCUCCACUUGGGCCACUUCCUCCAGGCCCUCCACCACCAGUUCCAGGCUACGGGCCGCCACCGGGUCCGCCACCACCUCAGCAGGGUCCACCUCCACCUCCGGGUCCAUUUCCCCCUCGUCCACCUGGCCCUCUCGGGCCACCCCUGACUCUUGCUCCUCCUCCACAUCUCCCUGGGCCACCUCCAGGUGCUCCACCACCCGCACCGCAUGUGAAUCCAGCUUUCUUCCCCCCACCUGCCAAUAGUGGCAUACCUACUUCAGACAGCCGUGGCCCACCUCCAACAGAUCCGUAUGGCCGACCUCCGCCGUAUGACAGAGGUGACUAUGGGCCACCUGGAAGGCGUUUCACUGGAAAUAACAUGUCCAUAAGAGAAAAAUUACAUAUUCCAUUCUAUGGGAGGCACACGAAAAAUAAUACUCAAAACUCAGGGAGAGAGAUGGAUGCUGCAAGGACACCUCUGAGUGAAGCAGAAUUUGAAGAAAUCAUGAACAGAAAUAGGGCAAUCUCAAGCAGUGCCAUUUCAAGAGCUGUAUCAGAUGCCAGUGCUGGGGACUAUGGAAGUGCUAUAGAGACCCUGGUAACUGCAAUUUCCUUAAUUAAACAGUCCAAAGUAUCUGCUGAUGAUCGUUGUAAAGUACUUAUUAGCUCACUUCAAGACUGCCUUCAUGGAAUCGAGUCCAAGUCCUAUGGUUCUGGAUCCAGAAGACGUGAACGAUCCAGGGAGAGGGACCACAGUAGGUCACGAGAAAAAAGUAGACGCCAUAAAUCACGUAGCAGAGAUCGUCACGAUGACUAUUAUCGGGAAAGAAGCCGAGAAAGAGAGAGACAUCGUGAUCGUGAUAGAGAUCGUGACAGAGAACGGGACAGAGAGAGAGAAUAUCGCCAUCGCUAAAGAAGCAUCUGAAAUGAACUUAGGUAAGUAAUGACAGGUAACUCUGGCCUUGGGAGGGAGAACUGGUGUGAUUCCUUCUGCAGCUGGCAUGCUGCCUUUUUAAUUUGAGAUGGUAGUAAUGUUUGCAGUUUUUAUGACGUGCAGUUGAACCAACUCUUAACAAGCAGUAAGCCAGACUGGUAAUUCUGCUCUGUCGUAAUCUUAAAAGGUGAUAGUAAAUGUAUGUUUGUAUUUUUCAUUUGUAUCUUAUAAAAGCAAAGGAAAUCUACUGCAGCAAUUAGCUCCUCGUAUGACAUGUGAGUAUUAUUUCGAUGUAGGGAGCACAAGUACAUGCAGGUCCUUGCACUGGUAGAAAUUUUUUGUUUCAGUAAGUAUUAUUCAAGUUCAGGAAAUGUAGCUGGAUUUCGGACCUUAUUGUAAAAAACGUGGCCUCUCACUUUUUUCUGUCUCCUAGCUAAAUUUAGAUGUUAUUGCCAGUAAAAUUUGUGGUCAAUUUUUCUUCACCAUCCUGCUUUGUCAUUCUCUUCCUCCUCUGAACAGUAGACUCAUUUUCUGAAGACUUGUAAAUGAGUGUAUGAUGCAAGGAUUGGUUCUUUUCUGAUUAUUCACAUACUAAAAUGUUCUUUCAUUUCAUGUAUCUGCAAUCUUGCAUGCAUCAAAUAUGUGGAUAGCUACCAAGUAGCAGGUUAAUUGUGCUUUCUUUAGUGUGCUGCUAAAAGCUUUAAGAUAUGUGUGAGCAUUCCCCUUUAACAUGCUGGUUCGAGGACUGGUAAUCCAAGCUGCUCAUGAUUCCUUAUAUUUGGAACUAGGGGGAAAAAGGAACCCUACAUAUUGUUUUUGCUGCAAUAGUCUUUUUCCUUUUUGGAAUUUCCCACUACACAUACACUCAAAUUGAAACCCAGCAGACUUUGCUGGUCUGCCCAGCUUCCAUUUCUUAUGCAUACUCUCAGGUUUAGUUUCCAGAUUUUCUUGUGACGUUCAUUCAUGUAAGCUAAUUUGCAGAAGUCAAACAGAACAAAACUCAUUAGAAAUCAUGUAAACUGUAAUUUACUCCAAAGUGAAAACAUUCCUAUAGUUUUACAGUAUUUGAAUGUCAUGUAUUACAUGCUAGGCUUUUCUGUCACUGAGAGAACAAAUUAAAUUCUGUAGUCUACUAAAUACGAAGUGGCAUGCUGGGUUAUUUGUUUGGACUAGAUGAUCUUAGGGGUCUUUUCCAACUUUGAUGAUGCUAUAUUCUAAAAAAGUAGUAACGUACCUUGAGCUGGGGAGUCAAAGGCUUAAAUAGAGAAAUGUGGCAACUGAAAUAAAGUUGGCAGUAGUACAUAUCUGUUAAUGCCACUUUUUGUCAUGAAAAAUGGAUUGGUAGAAAUCAUUCUGGAGUUGCAUAAAAAUAGCAACUGUGGUUUUUAAUUGUAAAAUGUCAGAGCUUAAAUAUCAAGAUUUAACAGAAGCAAAUGCAGUUUCUUUUGUUGAACUGUAUUUUUCCCUUUUAUCAUAAAUUAACAUUUGUGAUAUUUGCAAAUAGUUCUUAUUACUAGGAGGUAACCAUUGAGCUUGAAUGAUGAAUGUACUUCCAGAAUUUUUAUUUUUAUUUUUUUAAUUUUUUUUAACUUCUAUUGGAGCUGAGCUAAAAAUUGUUAAUCUGGGGUUUGGCAGCUAUUUUUUUUGUCCUUGACAUACUUUGUUAAUAUAGUUCUAAUUUUUGUAUAUUUAGACUAUUGUGUAUGCCUUGGUGGAGUUUCUGUGUCAAGUACAGUUUCGCUACCUGACCACCCCAACAAAACAUGUCCAGUACCAUUAGGUUGCACUUUAUGUAAUAUCCAAAACACAAUUUCAAGAUUAGUUUCAAUCUUAUUGUGGGACUGGACUCAGUUUGGGUGGGAUUUAUAUGUGCCGCUUUGACUUUGUUGUGUGUUGGGAGCUUUCUUUUCAAAGGAGUUGCAUAGAUAAGAUUCCCUUGCACAAAGAAUAUAGGUUCUAAGAACUUGAUUUAAAGAGCAAAUUAAAUACUCCACAUCUAAAUGAAGACAUUUGGUAUUUUUUUUGAAGUUAAGUUGUAAACAUUUUGUCUUGUUUCUGUCUAAAUGAAGAGGGGUUUUUACUGUAGCUUUGUUUUUUUAUAUAUAUAUAUAUUUAUAUUUAUAUAUAUAUAUAUAUAUACAGACAAAAAAAAGUGCAGUGACUUUUGGUUUGUAUGUUUCACUUUCACCGAGAUGUAUGUUGCCAUACUUUUUUUUUUGUUUUGCUAUUUCCAUUAGUUAAUUUUCAUAAACACAUUUAACUCUCAGUCACUUAAUAAACAUCAGCAGUGCUGAAGUCACUCCCCACAUUACUGUUACUGUUUGACCAAGUAACGUGAAGUUGCCUGUGUGCCCUCACCCUCUGGUUGGCACCUGUACUUUUAUUUCUGUGUGUACCUAUAGUCAUAAAUGUGAUACUGUACUGGCAUAUUAAAAAAAAAAAAAAAAAAAAAAAAAGAAAAAAGAAAAAAGGGUGUUACACAUCUAGUUUAGAUGUGAAUAUUUUUGUAUACAGUAAAAUUCACUUUGUAUUGUAUUUACUUACACUUAGAGAUGGAUUAAAUUGGAAUAACUCAAUGGAUGUGUUCAUUAUAAAACUCUUCUUAAAAAGUUCAGAUGUACCAUUGCAGGUAUUUACACUUCUGUUUGUACACUUAAUGAUUUAAAAUUAAAUUCUUGCCAGAUUCUUGUGUGCCUUCUCUUGAGGAAGGCUUCACAUGCAUCAGUAAUCUGUUCUCCAGAGUCGCUGUAAACUAAGCAUUUUCUAAACUAUCUUUUGCACAUAGAAAGUCUAUAGAUAUAAAAGAAUGAUGGAUUUGAAAGACAAAUGUCUGACUUGUAUUAGUCAAGAAAGCUAAGAGUCCAACAGAAUGGUGUUUAGGAUUAACAAACAAGCAAAAUGUGUACAAACAGAAUAGUAUUGUAACUUCAUCAGCAUGAGUCCUGGUUCUUUUUUUAGACAGAUUUUUUUCUUUUUUAGUUUAUCUGAUACUCAAUGAUGUAUUUCUAGCUGAUACAUUGUCCCAAUCUUAAUCUGUCUGAAUUUCUAUAACUACUGAAUGUUAAGUUUCUCAUUUUAUGUUUUUGUUACUGGGUCAUCUGAGAUUUCCUAUUUAAACUGGAUUUGGACUGAAUUACAAAGAAAGAAUACACUAACAUUGUAACAGCUGAUGAUGUAUGUGGACUUUGUAUUCCAUUUUUCAUGAAUUUUCUCUGAUUAUUUUUUUUUCUAUUCUCAAACCACUGUAAGCAAAAUCAUUUGUACACAUCAUUUGUAAAAUGCAUACUAAUGCACUGCUGGGGCUGGUCUGCUUCUUCAGUAACUCAUCUCAGGUAUCUGAAAUAGUUUCAGCUUUGGAGUGGCUUAAGAACUAAUAUGGUUGUAUUUUUUUUUUAACGUCAGUAGAAGGGGAAAUGGUACUUGAUAGUUUUAAAAAGAUGCAUUAUAUUUUUGCCUGCGUAAGCAGCAACUCUUCUGUAAGAGUGUAUUAGCAAAUGCUUAAGCACCAAAUGAAGUAUGAUGUUAGCCUUCUAAGAAAAUUAAAAGGAGGAUGCUUAUUUUUGUAAAUUAUUUUAAUAAUAAGCUUUUAAUAAUGAGGAAUUCCAAGUGAAUUGUAUAGGAGCAUUGUCCAAGACCCUAGAUAUGCAUGUUCAUGUCUAGAACGGUUCCAGAUCUUACUGGUAUUGAGCUGUAACAAACAUUAUCUACCUACUUUUUUUUAUGUGUGUUUUUGAGGAAGAGUGUAUGUGGGGUUGGCAUUUUUUAUGUUUCUAGCAUUUACCACAGAAAUCGUGUAUUGUGCAUCUGUUUCAAUAGCUGAAAUCCACCUUAAGAGUGUAAGAGACAAACAGUGCCAUUGUUCUGUUUGCCUCCUCGAGGCUGUUUGAUAGCUAUUCCGGUGCUUUACAGAAGCAUAUGUUUUGUUUCUGAAUGUUUAGUAAUUUCGUUUUCUUAAGGGUGAUAAGAUGGUUUGAAAACCAAAUGAACUGAAAAUCUUAUUACUUCUUUUCAUGAAUGUUGCUGUAAUUUUGCUGCCUUUUCAAGUGUCUUAAGACACACACACUUUUUGUUCCUCGUGGCCUCUGCUUUUUCCCCUUGCUGUGCGAAAUCAGCAGUUCUGGCAAAUUUAAGCAGUGUGGAAGUUCCAUAAGAAAUUUGUCUAUAAAGAAUGACAGCAUUUGAAACAAAGAAAUUACUUGCACUGAAAACAUGGGUUUUGUACAAUGUUCUUCAGAGAACAAACAAACUUUUUUUUUGUUUUGUUUUGCUCAUUGUGGUUUGAGAAGUAAGAUUUCUUUUUUCAAAAAAUAAGAGAGAGAACUAUUUUCAUUUUAUGUUUUCCUGUGGCAGACUGAUCUACCUUUUGUGUCUUCCUCGUAUAUUAAUGUGAAAGGUGCUUUCCAACCUCAUAGUACUUGAAUUUGUAAACUAAAAAGCUGGUUUUCUGAACACACCUCUGCUCAUCAUCUGUCUCUGGUGAAUAGACAGGCUGGGAUAGUAGGAGAAGCGUGCAAUGAAACAAACUGUAGUUUGGGAGUGUUCUUUUUCUGUUCAUAUGAAGUUGUUUAUAACAUCAGGAAAUUGUUCAGCCUUAGUGUUUCAUUUAAGAGCAACAUUAAGUCAAAGAUAUCAGGUAAGUACACUAAUAAAAGGGGGGAAAAAAUGCAACAAAUGGAACAGCUGCUAGUGAUGGUAGGGUAGGUAAUUUGUACGUGUAUGAAGGGCAAAGACUGAAGCAUAUCUCAAUUGAGAUGCAGAAUGGCAAAUACAGUGUCAAGCUUGAAACUCUUUAAUUCUUGUUGUGCUGUUAUAGCUGAACAACAAUAUUUGAAGGUUUCUGACAGUCUGGAACCUAGUUGAAGUUAAAACAAACUUUUUUUUGAAUGGGAUUUUUGCUUUUGUGUAUUUUUUUUCCCCUAUGUAUAGAAUAAAAUAAAUGAGACCUACAUUCAUUCAUAGGAGCUAUCAGAAUAUGAUGACAAAUAUGUAUCAUGUGUUUUACUCAAAUGUCAACGUUUUGUGAGAUUGAAAUUCAGUCUCUGAAACUAUCUGAUAAAUCACUAUUAUAAACUGACAGAUGUAUGCACAUAAGGCUUUAAAUUACUGUAGAAUUUUCACACUUCUAAAAGCUGUUGAAAACUUUCAUAUGCUUGCUUGAUGAUUGGAAUUAAAGGCAAAAAUAGUUGUUACUGUGAGAUACUUAUAUAUAAGAAAUCUCUUGGGUUUUGGUGUAAGAGUGUCUUUGGGUGUGAAAAACAAUGCUUAAGUUGCAUUUUGCAUAAAUAUAAAAAUGUUGGAUCCCUUAAGCUCUGGGAUUUCAUUUGUGAAAUGCUCCUUAGCUUCUAAACCACAACAAACUAUUCAACAGAUAAGUCUGCUCUUUGGGUAUCAUCAGUGGAAAUGCUGAAAAACUGAUUGCUGUAUGAUGUUAAAUUGUACAAACCUGGCACAUGCUUGGGACAGAUAGCUCAUAUAAACUUGAGGCAGGUGGAGAACUGCAUUACAACAAAGGGUUGGCUAGAGAUUUCAUCUUUAUUUUCUCCCCAAAGCGUUUCUUGCUCGUAGAAUACUGAAAUAUUCUACUUGCUCGUAGAAUACUGAAAAGGGCUGAGAGUGAAGGUAUAAUCCAUACAUAUGUCUCUUCCUUUUGGAACUGCAAAGGUUUCUGAUUUUUGCCAGGAUAUACUGGCAGAAUAUUUGGAAUCAAAAUUAGCACCCCUUUGGAUUUUAGUUGGCAGUGUGUUUUUAAAAUUAAAAAUAUUAAAAGUUUUAGAGUGGUGUUGACCAUCUUAGGAUCCCUUUUGGAAAGCAUCAAUUGUAAAUACUGUUUAUUGUGCUUUCUUGAAAGUUUCUGUAGUUGCAUAAGUAGCCUACCAAAUCUAGCAAAUUAUUCUCAGGAGCAGAAGCUUUCUCAUGCUAGUAUUAUGGAUCCUACAUGUGGUGCUUUGGAUCUGUUAACUGUUGCCGUAGAAGUGCUCAAGAUCCAUGACUUGCAGCAGCAAUUGUAUCAGAGAGCAGCAAAUUCUGACAUGCAGUCUCACAGCUGUCAUGCCUUUUGUCCACUAAAACCCCAAAUUCUCCCAUCGGUUUGUGCUGAUGUAGCCCACACCUCGGAAUGUGUCCAAGUCGCUAAGCCUCUGAAAAGGUCACUUGAAAAAUGUGUAACAUCUACAGAAACUUUGGCCUCUGGGGAGGGAACUUUCUCCAGAGUAGUUACUAGUUGACGACUUGAGAACAAAGGUUGCAAAUAAAAGAAAUUCCAGCUGCUGCUUCAGCCUUGCCCGCAUACUUUAUCAGUUAUGACCCAGUUACUGGAGGGUAUACAGCCUAAGCUGCUUGGGUUUUACAUUCUUCUUUUUAACAUUGCCAUUAAUGAUCGUGUUGAGAAAGGGAAGAAGAAAUGUGUCAAUCGCUUAUACAAACGUGGAAUGUUUUGUUUUUCCAACUGCUUUGCAAUUAUAAUAGCAAAAGAAUAUUUGACAGCUGUGUACUGGUAUACGUUCAUGAAAUUGCUCCUCUAAAUGUCUGUUUUUCAAAUGAACAAUCGAAUGUGUUUGGUUUUUACAGAACUUGAUUUAAAUUACUUUGAAGUUACUGAAUGUUGAAAUUGUGAAUUAUUAAUGAAAUGAAGAUAGUCAAUUGUUUUGUAAUGGAAUUCAACUGAAAGCCGGUGUAUGGAAUUAUACCGUCCCAAGUAUUCUGUGAACCCUUACAGUAAUACACUUUGAAUGGCGUGGUUCCUCAUUGCCUAAGUAGAUGGGAGUAGGAAGUAGGGGCUUGGGUUUUUUCCUAGGGCAGGAGGAGACCUGCAGGUCUGUAUUGUAUUACUCAAAGAGUGGGUUUGUGCGAUCAAACUGUGAGUGUGUAUGUUUAGAUGUCAAGUCCAUCCUGCUUGCCACUAGGCUGGGAAUUUGGAAGUGCCGCUAUAAAUUCUGUGUGCUCUUAAAUGUUACUGGGCUGUGAGCCUCCCACUUCGUGAUACAAUCAGUGCAUUACUUAAAUGUCAAAUUUAAAUCAGUUUAAAACUUCUGUAAGUGAACAGGUAAAAAUGUAAAAAUCUAGCUGCGGGCAAAAUUACCUUACAUGCUUGUUGGUUUAUUCUUUCAGAAUCCAUACUUUAGAAAAUGCUCUUUAUAAAUGUUUCCAUCAGUCACAGGAACAGUAGCUAUUUCUACUUUAUCACUGGAUACUUCCGAAUGUGGGAUCCACAUUCUUUCAAUUUUGUUGCACAAUUGGUUUUAAUUACGGUAUCCUAAAGCAAUUGCACAAACAAGUAGCUACUGCUCCUGCUAGCUUGUGUUAGUUUACAUACGGUGAAGUAGAUGCACGACUUGUGUAUGUAUAGAUAAGGCAACAAUUUUCUGUGUAUUAUGGGGACUAGCAAAAUCUACAUCACAAAUUUUGACACAUUACAGCUGAAGGAAGAGGAGCAGCGUACAAGACAAGAUACGUUCUUCAAGGAAAGAUGCUUGUCCGGCAGUUUGCUUCAUGUGAUUGAACUGAGCCUGUAAGGAUUCAUGGAUAAAAUGAACAGGAAUAGAUCUGAAUAAAGCAAAUCUGCAUACAUGGUAACCAGUAGCUCUUUUACUUUUUUUAUGUUGCUUAACUGUUUUAUUUGAGGGAAACCUGUGUGAUUUAAACCUUAUAGCUUUUGCAACUUCAUUACUGGUUAUAUACAUUUGGCAAUUAUAAUGUGCGAGCAAUUGGAAAAAGUCAAGUAAAUGCUUGUUUUUAUAGUAGUUUGUUCAUGUUAAAAUGUUCAUAUGAUAAUGUCUGUAUACAGCACCACUUUGAUUACAGUAGAUGUAGUGUUGUAAUAAACUGUUUAAUGGGGCUGAUGUGUAAAGCUGUUCAAGUUAUUUGAUGUUUACACCUCAGGGAAAGUCUUGUGUUCAGCAAUAUUUAAAGAUAAUGUUACAAUGAAAACAUUGAUGCUGUCUUUAAAAACAUCGCAAUAGUUCUUGCAUAUGCCUCAACCUAAUCUUGCAUUCAGUGAGUUGAACUUACUAAUGUUGCUCUCACACUCUCAAUUUUGAUACGAAGGCAGGUGGUUACAAAAACCUCUAAUGCUAUUUUGCUUUCUAGCAGUGUUUACCUGGGUGGCUUGUGAACUUGCUCACUGACAUAUAAAACUGUAAAAACUGCAGUUCUUUGUGUUCUCUUGCUUUGAGGAAGAUGCUCCCACAUCACUGAUGGGAGCAUGCUGAAAAUGUGUCUUUCACACGGUCUUGAUCCUGGUCGACGCUGCCGUUCAUAUUAAACUGUUUGCAUGGUCUUAAACCCGUUCACAUUGAGGGGUGCAAAGGUUAGCUUUUAAAAAAAACACAAAACAAAACAAUGAUCCUGCAGUUGUUUACAGUUUUAUAGAGCUAGUGCUUAUGUGUUUCUCCCUUCCCUCGACCCCCGAGGCCGCAGGUCUGUACAUAGCUGUAUAUUAGAUGUGACAGGAGGAAGCAGAUGUUUCCAUUUUUCAGACUUUAUGGGUUUGAUACUUUUUUAAUGCUUUGGGGUUUAUCCAAACGUGCAUAUAGAAGAGAAGGUACGCCUGUAUGUCCGUGUUCCACUGUGGGCAAUACUGAAGUAUUUGCAAAAAGCGGCGCUAAUUAAAUCCGUCAAAUGAGGUUUUGUACAUUUCCUUAAAAACAGUUUGCUGGAGCUUAGCGUGGAAGCUGAAUUCCAGUUACAAGAAAUUGUUUUAAAUUUCAGUAAGCACAAAUGAAUGGAAAGAUUCAUUUAAUUUGGAAAAACUCCGUUUCUGGACGCCUUGCACAGAGGCUCAUUCUUUGUCUGUUGCGAAUCAUUGUGUAAUGGAUUUAUUCUUAGUUUUCACUGAUUCACAUAGCUGCACUUUGUGCUUUAAGUUCUGUUUCAAGACCUCAGAUGGCUUUAAGAGGCAACUCUUAGACAGCUCUUUGUUUCUUUUUUUUACCGAUUUUUCUUUCUCGGAAGGUUUUGCAGCAGACCUAAAAUCUGUUCUCCUGUUCAGGAAAGCACUUCAAUCCACUUGGUUUUCCAGAGCAUGUGCUUACAUUCUGCCUAUUUCCAGGAAUGUAAACAUAUGCUCUAAGUUAAUCUGUGCAGAGUGAGUGAUUCUGAUGCUUUGCUGAGUCGGGACCAGUAGUGUGUACUACUGCAGAAGCUUUGCUUAAGUCUGAAAUGCUCUCAGAUUUUUAUCACCGACCCUUGGCCGGAUUUUCUGCAGCCAGGUUGAUGCUGUUGGACUGGGCUGCAAGCUUCAGACCCCCUCCCCUUUUUUUCCUUAAAUUGUGUACCUCAAAUCCUCAUGGUGGGAUCGCUGGUGUUAAUCAAACUAUUUGCUACUGAGAAGAUAUUUGCAAUGUUUGUUUAAACCUGUUUCCAAAUGAAAGCUGCCUUUUAAAAUUUUGUAAACUGAAAGUUGUAUCUAAUGAGUCACGACUCAUUUCCUGCUUUUUAUGAAUAGGUGUUGGUUACAAACAAUACUGUUGUAAUUUUAUUUUUUACUUCAAAACAUUGUUUACUGCUGUGUGUAAUAAGUUUAAGGAAGGAAUAACCUGUCUGUAGCUGUAGCUCGUGCUGGAGAGGCAGCAGGUAAGUAACGUUCCAUUGCAGAGCUAUAUUAUAACUCGAAAUAAAAAAUCAAAAGCAUUUUAUGCAGGAAUUGAUAUUUUACUCCUCACUGAAAUAGAUAUAAGGAUACCUUUGCUCUUCUACAGAGCGUAGCUUCUUGUGCAGAUUUCUGUUGCUGGCAAUGGAAAUAGCAGGGGGGAAAAAAAAAAAGCAGGAAGAAAACAACACAGGUUAAACUGAGUGUGUUGUGUUUAGAAGAAGAGGUCCCCGCAUGAAGCCCCUUAUUUCUGCGUGUUCUCUGAGUACUUAGUUUGAACUGACAGGCACAACGUAUCACUAUUUAGAUGGAACUCUUGCUACUGUGAGUUUUGUUAAUUUUUUUUUUAAAUGAAACAAGAAAUCUGUACAGAAAAAGAUCCAAAGACCCUGAUAGACACCAAAAAGGAAUAUGUCUGAUGCACAUCAUGUAUAAGUGAAUCCGUACUGCAGUUGUACCAGGUGUUGUUCUAUUCCAUGUGACUGGCGGCUUCCUGUGUGCUCAGGAAGCGGCAGUUGGGCGCUGCGCUGCCUGCUGAUGGUGCCAUGGUGGCUCCUGCUGCCUUCUUUGAUACUCGCUCUGUUGUAUUUCAUCUCCUCUCGAUCCGAUAAGAGGAUAAAGCAGUCUGUGAGGAAACACUUGAUAUUUCUUCUGAACGGUGUUUUUAUAAGCAAUGUUGAGAAUGGGAUACGGCUGUGUGUCCUUUGUUCUAGGAGACAAAGCCCACAGCAGGAGGUGGUUGGGGUGGUGGCAUCUCAGUGACAGAAGAGUUUUUUGCCUGUUUUUUUCUGUUUGCUUUUUGUUUUUGUAAGGUUUCCUUUUUUCUUAGUAAAAUUUCUACUAGACUGUGUGUUUCGACAGGUCAGAAACAUUUCUUCAAAAGAAGAACGUACGAUUUUGGAAAUUGUACAGCCCUUUUCUUUCAUUCCCUUUUUGCUUUCUGUGCCAAUGCCUUUGGUUCUGAUUGCAUUAUGAAAAAUGUUUGCCAGAACUUGAGGUUCUUAUUUAUAGUGUGGUUAAAAGCUUGGAUAGUUGUUCUUACACAAGAUACCUUAUUAAGUUUAGGCCAGCUUGAUGCUUUAGUGCUUUAUUUUUUCCCUUCUAAGUAGUGAGCAAUCUGUUUUUUUCCUUUUGAAACUGGUGAGGCUUAGAUUUUUCUAAUGGGACUUUUUUACCUGAUGAUCUAGUUGCAUACCCAAAUGCUUGUAAAUGUUUUCCUAGUUAACAUGUUGAUAACUUCAGAUUUACAUGUUGUAUAUACUUGUCAUCUGUGUUUCUAGUAAAAAUAUAUGGCAUUUAUAGAAAUAUGUAAUUCCCAAUUUCCUUUUUUUAUCUAUAUGCUCUGUGUGUACAGGUCUAACAGACUUCACUCCUAUUUUUAUUUAUAGAAUUUUAUAUGCAGUCUGUCAUUGGUUUUUGUGUUGUAAGGAUACAGCCUUAAAUUUCGUAGGGCAGUGCUCAGUGAGGUGGGUUGUCAGUGGGUUCAAAUGUAAAACGUGCACAUUUGGCUGCUGCCUUCCCAAGAUCCAGGACACUAAACUGCUUCUGCACUGAGGUAUAAAUCACUCAAGAUCCCAGGGAAGUGCAGAUCCACGUGAUAUCCUUAAAAAAGAAUGAAUACUUUCUAAAAUAUUUUGGCGUAGGAAACAAGCUGCAUGGAUUUGUUUGGGAUUUAAAUUAUUGUUGGUAAUGGAGUGCAUAGGUUUUAAACACAGUUGCAGCGUGUUGAUGAGUCACGGUGUUUAUGCAGAAGUGAUGCUGGUUGCAGCUGUUCACUGCACUGCCAUGCAGUGAGUGUUGCAGACAGGGGUGAGGUGCUCUGUGUCCCCACACGCUGCCACGCAGCCACCUCCUGGAACACAUCUCACCUGCUGGGCACUUCUCAAACCAUCUUAGCUGUAGAAGAUGAGUUGGUAACAGAGAAGUUCCUCAGUUGGAUGUUCUCAUGGGAAUUUUUUUUUCCAUGCUAGACGAAGUAUGAUAAAGCAUCUCUCUUUGUAAAUUACGCACUUGUUAGUUCCUGAAUCCUUUCUAUAGCCCCGGUUAUUGCAGCAGAUGUAGGCUCUGGUGUGGCCCAUAUCUGUGCUUAAAUCUUUUAAAGCUUCUGACUUGAUUGAAGUCUCUUGAAGAUAGUAGACAGUGCUCACCUUUGAUCCCAAAGGAAUUGAGCAUUUCAGUUGUUAAAAAGUAAAAAAAAUAAACAAAUUCCGUCUAUUCAUACCAUGUGAUGUAAUUUUACACCCCCAGUGCUGACGUUUUGGAAUAUACUCAAUAGAUUUUGGCCUCACCCUCUUGUGUACUGUAUUUUGUAAUAGAAAAUAUUUUAAACUGUGCAUAUUAUUAUUACAUUACGAAAGAGACGUUCUGUUGAUCUUCAAAUGUGAGAAAAUGAGGAAUGCGUGUGCUUUUAUAAAUGCAAGUGAUUGCAAAUCAGUGCAGGUGUCCUUGAAAAAAAAAAAAGAUAUAAAAAAGGACCAGGUGUUUUACAAGUGAAAUACAUUCCUAUUUGGUAAACAGUUAAAUUUUUAUGAAGAUUACCAGCACUGCUGACUUUCUAAACAUAAGGCUGUAUUGUCUUCCUGUAUCAUUGCAUUUCCUCAUUCCCAUUUUGCACAAGGAUGUCUGGGUAAAAUAUUCAAGAAAUGGCUUUGAAAUACAGCAUGGGAGCUUGUCUGAGUUGGAAUGCAGAGUUGCACUGCAAAAUGUAAGGAAAUGGAUGUCUCUCGGAAUGCCCAACUCCAAAGGAUUUUAUACGUGUAUAUAGUAAGCAGUUUCCAGAUUUCAGCAGGCCAGAGUCUGCUGGAUAUUGCGUUGCCGGAGACCUGUAUUUCUCAGCAAGGUAAGAUGGUAUCCUAGCAACUGCAGAUUUUAAUACGUUUUCAGCAGAAGUACUUAGUUAAUCUCUACCUUUAGGGAUCGUUUCAUCAUUUUUAGAUGUUAUACUUGAAAUAUUGCAUAACUUUUAGCUUUCAUGGGUUCCUUUUUUUCAGCCUUUAGGAGACUGUUAAGCAAUUUGCUGUCCAACUUUUGUGUUGGUCUUAAACUGCAAUAGUAGUUUACCUUGUAUUGAAGAAAUAAAGACCAUUUUUAUAUUAAAAAAA